CCAUUGAGAUUGGCUGCGCGAGUGUGUUUGUCCGCAAAAAGGAAGGUGGAAAAAGAUUUCUUAUGUGAAAACCCGUGCGAAGAAGCCCCCAAUCUCCGUGUCUCACGCAUCCUGAGCCCCUCAUCGGCAGGGCCCCAGUCAGAAGUCGCGUGCGAAAGCGCCCCGUGUCCGCGAAAAAGUGUCUCUCUGGUUGGGCGAAGAAAAAGAAGUGUGGUGUCCCUCGCCUCUUUGUCGCUUGGCGAGAGCACAAAAGUGUGUGCGGAGCAAAAAAGAGGAGAUAUUUGGAGAGUGAGUGAUUUUUAGGUGGCCUCUGCUCUACCUGGCCUCACGAGAUGUGGUGAAAGAGGAGAGAUUGUCGUGUUGGAUCGUGGAAUUGCCCAAAAAAUCUGGGAAUUUCGGAAAGUGAAACUCUGCGUGACCCAGAAUCCAUCAUCAUCGCGCAGUGCUCCUGCCCAGGCGAGAGAGAGAGUCCAGCAUCUCGCCAAGUUCUGUGAAAAUUCAGUGUCUCUGUUGUCCCUUUUUGCUGUUAAAAUGCUAUUAAUAGCCAAUUGAUUCAAGCAAGUGAAGAUAUUAGCCGUCCUGCCGACAGCGUUUGAAGUUCUGCCAUCCAGAUAAAGUGUGUUUUUGUGUUUGUGUGUGCAAAAGUGAAAUUCCACCAGCCCAAAAUGCCCGGAUUGAUUGGCGUUGGGGAGUUCGUGGACGAGACCCGCGAGGACUACAGCUCACCAACCACAUCCACAUUCGUCUCCCGCAUGCCACAGUGUCGCCAGACCAUCUCUUCCCUCGAGGAGACGCUGGAAUUCGACAGGGAGGGCUUGACAAAGCUGAAGAAGGCCAUUAAAGCCAUUCACAAUUCUGGAAAUACUCAUGUGGACAAUGAGAUGUGCCUCGUGCGGGCGCUGGAGAGACUGGGAAGUGUGGCCCUGUCGAAGGAGGAGCCCGACAUUGGGGCGGCUUUCCUCAAGUUUUCCGUCGUCACCAAAGAAUUGAGCGCGCUGAUGAAGACACUGAUGCAGAACAUCAGCAAUAUUGUCAUGUUUCCGGUGGAUUCGUUCCUCAAGUCCGAACUGAGGGGUGUCAAGGGUGAGAUGAAGCGUCCCUUCGACAAGGCGGCCAAGGAUUAUGAGUCGAAGUUCUUGAAGAUUGAGAAGGAGAAGAAGAGCCAGGCCAAGGAGGCCGGAUGGAUCAGGACAGAAGUGACACCGGCCGAGAUUGCGGAUGAGAUGGAGAAGGAGAGGCGCGUCUUUCAGAUACAAAUGUGUGAAUAUUUGAUAAAGUUCAAUGAGAUCAAGACAAAGAAGGGCAUUGAAUUGCUGCAGCAUCUUGUGGAGUAUUACCAUGCCCAGAACAACUACUUCAAGGAUGGCCUGAAGACAAUCGCCCACUUCGGCACGUACAUUGACGAUCUGAGUGCCAAGUUGCAGAGCAUAAAGCAGAAGCAGGAUGAGGAGCGGAAGCGCCUGCUGGAGCUGAGGACACUGCUCAGGAGCACGCCUGACUUUGACCGCGUCGAGCAUGUGAUCACGGAUAAGGGCGCCGGCUAUUCGCUGCAUCAGCUGCAGGGCGACAAGAAUCACGGCAUCACCAGGUCCGGACAUCUGCUGAAGAAGAGCGAAGGCAAGGUCAGGAGGGUGUGGCAGAAGCGUCGCUGCCGCGUCACAGCCGACGGCUUCCUGGACAUUUGUCACGCGGACGAGACGAAGCCACCGACGCGCGUGAAUCUGCUCACGUGCCAAAUCAAGCCGGUGCCGGACGACAAGAGAGGCUUCGACCUCAUCAGCUACAAUCGUCCGUAUCACUUCCAGGCGGAGGACGAGGCCGACCAGAAGGCGUGGAUGGCGGUGCUGGUGAAUUGCAAGGAGAAGGCGCUGGCCAAGGCCUUCCAGCACGCCAAUCCGCAAAUGUCGCCCAGCCUGAUUGAGCUGCAGAAGACGGUGAUUAGAUACGUGCAGAACCUCCCUGGAAACGAUCAGUGCUGCGAUUGUGGCUCUCGCAAUGACGUCACGUGGAUCAGUCUCAACUUUGGCAUCCUGGUGUGCAUCCAGUGCUCGGGAGUGCACCGGGAUCUGGGCGUGCAUCACUCUCGCAUCCAGAGUCUGACGCUGGACAACCUCACGACUGCUCAUCUGCUCAUCGCACGCGCCAUGGGCAACAGCCAGCUCAAUGAGGUGAUGGAGGCGACGCUGGGCAAGAUGAAGCUCACGCCCGAGAGCACGAUGGAGGAGCGCUACGACUUCAUCCGCGCCAAGUACGUGGCCAAGCGCUAUGUCAUGCGAACGUGCGCCGACGACAGGGAUUUGCGUGCUGAUCUCGAGCAGGCCAUCAUCAAUGCCGACCUCAGUCUGCUGCUGCAAGUGUGGGCAGAGGGAGCGGACUUCACGUGCGUGCUGCCAUCGUCGGACUUCGGUGAAACUGCCCUGCACUUGGGUGUGCUGCGCGAAAUGGGCUCCACGCUGCACAUUGUGGACUUCCUCAUCCAAAACAUGCCGGCUCAUGGGCUCAACAAGGCCACAAAUCCGCCUGGCCCCAUGGACAUGUCCGGGAAGAACACGCCGCUGCAUCUGUGCGCCCUGCACGAUCGGCAGGAGUGCAUGAAGCUGCUGCUGCGCUCGGGAGCGGAGUACGAGCUGAAGAACUCCAUGAACAAGACGGCGCUGGACAUCUCCAAGGAGAUGGGCCACGAUGCCUGCAAGGAGUUGAUUGAGUGUGCCAUCAGGCGCGAGAAGAGCGCCUUCGAUCACAUCAACACGGACUGGAAUCUGCCGCCGGACGACGGCAGCACGGACUUCAGCGAUGACGACACGGUGAUCGACGAGAGAAAGUCCCGCAGCCGCCCGCCCAGCUAUGCCGGCGGCGAUUCGCCCGUGGCCCUGCGCUCGCGCUCCUCCACCUGCGACAGCAUCCAGAGUGGCUCUAGUCCCAGCUCCAGCUGCAAUCCGCGCGCCGCCGGCACGAGUCCCAAGAAUCAGAUCUGCUUCCCGCAGAGCAGCGCCGGCGGCUCCAGUCCCAACUCCAUGAGUGCCAUGAAGCAGGUGGCCAGCAAUCAGACGCGCAAGACAAACGUGAGCAGCGGCGUGGGAUCACUGAAGAAGCGCACAGCCCCCGCGCCGCCGCCCGCCUCGGCGGCGCAGCAGCAGAUCUACGGCACGCUGCCGCACGCCCAGCGUCACGUGGAGUCCAGCGAGGCGCGCUCGGGCGGCAGUGCAGGCGCCCAGAAGACCACCGAGAUGUACAGCACGCUGCCACACUUGCGCAACGCCUCGUCCGUGGACAGUGGCGGUGGGAAGGGCAUGACAUUCCACUAUGACAACAAGACUUACGAGCGCUUUGAGCCUCUGAUGCCGGCGCAGCAACAGGCGCGCUACGACAAGCACAAGUAUGACGUCUCCACCGACCCGUCCGGCAAUCUCUUGCCAUCCUGGGGCACGCACAAGAGAUCGCCCAGCGGGGAGUCCAUCGGCAGUCGGAACAUUCACUUGGCUGGAGCUAAACUCGUCCUGCCAACUGGAGAGAUUCCAACGCUAAAGCCAGUGGACAAGAAUGUCUUGAGGCCGCGUCUCCCACCGCCAGGACCGCCCAAUAAUGGACAUGCCACAUCGCUGGAUCGCGGCAUGUCGAAUGGCCAGUCAAAUGAGAGUAUCAGUUCAUUGGAUGACGGAGGUCCGAUUGCACCACCGAGGAAGCGUAAAAGUACGAGAUUGGCGGUGAAAGAACCCAUAAAUUUAAUGGUAUUUAUCCCUGUUGAGCGGAGUGAGACGCCAAGAACGGAGGGGGUGGUAAAAGUGGCUUUUGUGAUAUUGUCCCGAAGGGUGUCGCGCCACCAUUUCCAUUCAACAGUCAUCUCGCAAAAAUCACGCAAAAGACGGAGUGUCUUCUUGAUGGAUCAACAGCAAUCACCACUGCGCGGCAGUGACUUUGGCGAUUUACUGGACUACUCGCGAUCUCUGGACUUGGAUUUGUCAUCAGGUGUCCUGGACAAUUCGCUGGACUCGAGCAGCGGUGGAAAUCUCACGAUAGACACUUCGUCGCCAAACUACAGUCACUACAAAUCGUCGGGUGGCAAGGGAAGCAAUCACUUGCAGAGCUAUACCACGAGUGGUUUUCGGCGAUGUCGCGCGCUGUACGAUUGCAAUGCGGACAAUGACGAUGAGCUGGAGUUCAAGGAGGGCGAGAUCCUGAUAGUGCUCAACGAGAAGACGGACGAUGAGAACUGGAUGGAGGGUGAAAUUGAGGGCGACAGCUCAAGACGCGGCAUGUUUCCCGUCAGCUUUGUCCACAUGUUGCCCGAUUAAGCUUUUCCCGUGCUCGUUUUGCUCAAAGUCACACACCUUUUAUUCCAUCACAGUGAGAGAAAGAAAGAGCGAAAGAGGAAGACAAAGAGAAUCGCGCAAGAGUCACAAUCUCAUUCCUGGGAAUCAACACCACAGGAUGGGAGAACAAUGAAGUAACUGAAAACAAUACAUGCUGCCAUAAUUGUAAAUAUUACUUAUUUAGAAUGGAAGCGAAACUGUAGCCAGAAAACUAUAUAUUCAAUGGAAGAAAUCAAAUUAUUUGUCUGUAGUCAUUGUAGAGAGAGAGAGAGAGAAACCAGUAAAACACAAAAAAAAUACAAGAGUAUCAAAAAAAAAAAGGGGAGAAACAAGUCCACAAUGUGUAGAAGUUUUUAGAGAGAAAGAAGAAGAAGAAGAAAGGUAGACAGAGAAAUCAUAAUGAAUGUUGAAAUAUGAAAUAAGGAACGAUGUUCAAGAAAAAGACGCUUGUUGUAAAAUGUUUUCUUUUUGUCUUUUUGAGAGUUUGUAGAGAAAGAGAGAGACAACAAAUGGGCGGGGAAAGCAGGAAGAUUUCCUGGCUGAUCAAGAGGCACAGAGAAAGAGUAUUAUUAAAAUAUAUAUAUAUUAAAGAAGAAGAAGAAAAAAACAGAGA